CCCGUCUGUGGAGGAUGCUCAGUCACAAUGGCUCGAGCAGCUCGACGCAAUGCGCAAGGCAAUUGCAGAGCUGAAUCUGCCUGUCGACACUGAAAAGACACCAGCGUAUGGAGAUGACCUGGACUUCGAUGACGACGACUUCUCUGGGACAGUCAGUGGCGAGGAUAUUUGGGAUAUCAUCAGCGACGAAUAUGAGGACGAAUACAGCAGCGACCACCUCGACCAGUAUGCGGAAGCCUCAAAUGGAAGCGGUCUCUACGACCAGCAAUGGCUCACAGAAAAGUGUACUGGUGUCGCUCAAAGAAGUUCUGGCUUGGAAUCUGGAGCUCUGAAAGAGCAAAUCUCGGCCAUCUUAGCCAGUGACAGCAAUAACGAAGAGCUGCAGAUGAUGCUGGCAGAUAUCGUAGGCUACGAAGAGCUGGAUUUGGUGGCCGAUCUCAUCUCUCAUCGAAAGGACCUCAUGCGGUCCUUGCAUGAUCCUACCCCUGCUCAGAAGAACGGUCUCGUAGAUCGCCUCCAAACCAGAGCUGAGCGUGAAGAAGCGUUGCGCAAGCAGGACUGGGAACAUAAAACUGCCACUCUAUCUUCUGCAGUGAACCGCACAGGACCUCAGUAUCCGCACGUCUAUCAGUCAUACGCAGCUGGAAACAAACUCUCCGCCUACGGAAAGAAAUACGCUCUCCCUCACGACCACACGCAUUACGAUGACAACCUCUACGAAGAGUACGGAAUCCCUGCCAUGCCAGUCGGCAAGGUCGGGACUGGCCAGAGCCUUAUCGAAAUCAAAGACCUCGACGGCCUCUGUCAGCGCACAUUUAAAGGCUACACAGCGCUGAACCGAAUGCAGAGUCUAGUAUAUCCAGUUGCAUACAAGACGAGUGAGAAUAUGCUCAUUUGCGCACCAACUGGUGCAGGUAAAACGGACGCAGCCAUGCUCACCAUUCUUAACACUAUAGCGAAGAACAUCGUUCCAAAUCCAAUUGAGGAGCCUGAUGCCACCGACUUCACGGUCAGAAUGGAAGAUUUCAAGAUCAUCUAUGUUGCGCCUAUGAAGGCACUCGCUGCUGAAGUAACGGACAAGCUUGGAAAGCGCCUGGCAUGGCUAGGCGUCAAAGCUCGCGAACUCACUGGAGACAUGCACCUAACCAAGGCUGAGAUCUUGGGCACACAGAUCAUCGUUACUACGCCAGAGAAGUGGGACGUCGUGACGAGAAAGAGCACCGGAGACACUGAGCUCGUGCAGAAGGUGCGUUUGCUGAUCAUAGAUGAAGUCCACAUGCUGCACGAUGAGCGUGGUGCCGUACUGGAGAGCCUGGUGGCGAGAACCCAACGACAGGUUGAAAGUACACAGUCUCUCAUCCGAAUCGUUGGUCUUUCUGCUACUUUGCCCAAUUACGUCGAUGUCGCCGACUUCCUUCGCGUGAACAAGAUGGCUGGUCUGUUCUAUUUCGAUCAGUCGUUUCGUCCAGUUCCUUUGGAGCAACACUUCAUUGGCGCGAAAGGAAAACCAGGUAGCAUGAAGUCUCGAGAGAACCUGGAAAAGGUAGCCUUCGACAAGGUCGUCGAGAUGCUCAAACGAGGGCACCAAAUCAUGGUUUUCGUGCAUUCGAGGAAGGACACAGUCAAGACAGCACGCAUGCUAUAUGACCGAGCAGUGGACGAGCAGUGUUCCGACUUGUUUGAUCCAACAGAUCAUCCGCGCUACGACGUUGCUGUGCGCGACAUGAAGCAAUCCAAGGGUCGGGAGCUGCGAGAGCUUCUAGGGAAAGGCAUGGGUACGCAUCAUGCAGGAAUGCCUCGAUCAGACAGAAACCUUAUUGAACGACUUUUCGCCGACGGCGUCAUCAGAGUGCUUUGCUGUACAGCUACCUUAGCUUGGGGUGUCAACUUGCCUGCUGCCGCUGUUCUUAUCAAAGGAACGCAAGUCUACAACGCGCAGGAGGGAAAAUUCACUGAUCUCGGUAUUUUGGACGUCUUGCAGAUCUUCGGUCGUGCCGGUCGACCUCAGUUCCAAGACACGGGUAUUGGUUUCAUUUGCACAACGCACGACAGACUCGAUCACUAUAUGAGAGCCGUCACCGAACAACAGCCUAUCGAGUCCAGGUUUUCUGCGAAGCUCGUAGACAAUCUCAACGCUGAGAUCUCCCUAGGUACGGUCACCACAGUUUCAGAAGCUGUGCAAUGGCUUGGCUACUCGUACUUGUUUGUUCGAAUGCAGAAGAGCCCUCUCAUGUAUGGCAUCGAAUGGGCGGAGAUCAGAGAUGAUCCGCAGCUUGUUCAGAGACGCCGCAAGUUGAUCAUGGAUGCCGCUCGAACCCUGCAGCAAGCACAGAUGAUCAUCUUCAACGAGGUUACUGAAGACCUUCGAGCAAAGGACGUAGGCCGUAUUGCUAGCCAAUACUAUGUCCAGCAAUCGAGUAUCGAGAUCUUCAACACCAUGAUGAGGCCUCGCAGCUCAGACGCAGAUGCGUUAGCCAUGGUCAGUAUGAGCGGCGAGUUUGACCAGGUCCAGUCACGCGACACAGAAGAGAAGGAGCUUUCUGCACUUCAAGAGGAAGGCUACGUUAUAGCGGACGUUAAAGGUGGCUUUGCGACACCUCACGGCAAAACCAACAUUCUUUUGCAAGCUCAUAUCUCAAGGGCGAGACUUGAAGAUUUUACGCUUGUCUCAGACACGAACUAUAUCACCCAGAAUGCUUCUCGUAUUGCACGAGCACUGUUCAUGAUUGCGCUUAAUAGGCGCUGGGGAUACCAAUGUCUCGUGCUUCUCAGCCUCUGCCAGUCGAUCGAACACCGGUGCUGGUCCAUAGAGCAUCCGCUUCAUCAGUUCGACCUACCACAACCAGUCUUGCGACAACUCGACCAGAAGUUCCCCUCCGUGGAAUCGUUGCGCGAUAUGGAUCAUUCUGAGAUUGGAGAUUUGGUCCACAACAAGAAGAUGGGAGGUGUCAUCUCCAAGAUCCUGGACAAUUUCCCCACCCUGAGCAUCGAAUCUGAGAUUGCUCCUCUCAACCGAGACGUGCUUCGCAUCCGCUUGUGGCUCACGCCGGAGUUCAAGUGGAAUGACAGACAUCAUGGAACCUCUGAGUCUUUCUGGAUCUGGGUUGAAAACUCGGAGACAUCCGAGAUCUUUCACUACGAGUUCUUCAUCCUAUCCCGGAGAAAGCUCUAUGACGACCAUGAACUCAACUUCACAAUCCCUCUUUCGGAUCCCCUGCCUACGCAGAUCUAUGUGCGUGCCGUGUCAGACAAGUGGCUGGGUGCGGAGACUGUGCAUCCGAUCUCCUUUCAACACUUGAUCCGUCCAGAUACGGAGAGUGUUUACACAGAUCUUCUCAACUUACAGCCACUACCUCUCUCUGCUCUGAAGAAUCCACUUCUUGAGGAGGUCUAUGCGCAACGCUUCCAAUACUUCAAUCCUAUGCAAUCACAGAUUUUCCACUGUCUGUACCAUACCCCGGCCAAUGUCUUGCUUGGAUCGCCCACAGGUAGUGGCAAGACCGUCGCUGCCGAACUUGCCAUGUGGUGGGCAUUCCGCGAGAAGCCAGGAUCGAAGGUUGUCUACAUUGCGCCCAUGAAAGCACUUGUUCGAGAGCGAGUGCAAGAUUGGGGCAAGCGCUUGGCCGGGCCGAUGGGAUUGAAGCUCGUCGAGCUGACUGGUGAUAACACGCCCGACACUCGCACUAUUCGCGACGCCGACAUCAUCAUCACAACGCCUGAGAAGUGGGAUGGUAUCAGUCGUAGUUGGCAAACGCGUGGCUAUGUCCGGCAAGUCAGCUUGGUCAUCAUCGAUGAGAUCCAUCUUCUGGGUGGUGACCGUGGCCCGAUUCUUGAGAUCAUUGUAUCUCGUAUGAACUACAUAGCCUCGCAGAAGAAAGGCUCUGUUCGUCUCCUCGGCAUGUCAACUGCUUGUGCCAAUGCGUCGGAUCUUGGAAACUGGUUGGGUGUUAAGGAAGGCCUGUUCAACUUCCGUCACUCUGUCCGUCCUGUGCCACUGGAGAUCUUCAUCGACGGCUUUCCACACCAGCGAGGCUUCUGCCCACUCAUGCAGUCGAUGAACCGACCAACGUUCCUCGCUAUUAAGGCGCAUUCUCCAGAGAAGCCAGUCAUUGUAUUCGUGGCCUCUCGACGACAGACGCGACUUACUGCCGACGACUUGAUCAACUUAUGCGGUAUGGAAGACAACCCUAGACGCUUCCUUCACAUGUCUGAGGACGACCUGGAGGCCAACCUUGCCCGUGUCAAAGAUGACUCACUACGCAGGGCAUUGAGCUUUGGAAUUGGUCUUCAUCAUGCUGGUCUCGUUGAGACGGAUAGAUCGCUGUCGGAAGAGCUCUUCGCAAACAACAAAAUUCAGAUUCUCGUCGCUACCAGCACACUCGCUUGGGGUGUAAACUUGCCAGCCCACCUUGUUGUCGUCAAGGGUACACAGUUCUUCGAUGCGAAGACGGAAGGCUACAAGGACAUGGAUUUGACCGAUGUCCUACAGAUGCUGGGUCGUGCUGGUCGUCCCCAGUUCGACUCUUCCGGUAUUGCGCGUAUCUUUACGCAAGACGCGAAGAAAGAGUUCUACAAGCACUUCUUGCACACUGGUUUCCCUGUCGAGUCGUCGCUCCAUAAGGUUCUUGACAAUCAUUUGGGCGCCGAAAUUUCUGCGGGUACUAUCGCCACAAAGCAAGAUGCACUCGACUAUCUGACGUGGACAUUCUUCUUCCGUCGUCUCCACAAGAACCCCUCCUUCUACGGUCUUGAGAUCUCAGCUGAGGAGCACAACACCCUUGUUGCGCAAACCAUGGCUAACGAUUACAUGGUUGAGCUGGUAGAAACCUCGCUCAGGGAACUUGACGAAUCAUCCUGUGCUGCAGUCGAGCCUACCGGCGAAGUCGAUCCUACUCCGCUUGGAAAGAUCAUGAGUUACUACUACCUCAGCCACAAUACGAUUCGCUACCUAGUGAAGCACGUCAAACGCGACGCCACCUUCUCUGACGCACUAUCUUGGAUCUCGCACGCUACCGAAUACGACGAGCUGCCCGUCCGCCACAACGAAGACCUCAUUAAUGCCGAGCUAUCAAAAGCCCUCCCACUCAAGGCCGACGACUUUGGUCUCCCACUGUGGGACCCGCACGUCAAAGCCUUCCUACUCCUCCAAGCACACUUCUCACGCAUCGACCUGCCCAUCUCAGAUUACGUCGGCGACCUGAACUCCGUUCUGGACCAGAGUAUCCGUAUCGUGCAAGCAUCCAUCGACGUGCUGACCGAACUGGGUUACCUCUCCUCCUGCGCAACAAUGAUCACACUCCUGCAAUCCAUAAAAUCAGCUCGCUGGCCCACCGACGGCCCCCUAUCCAUAUUCCCCGGUGUUGACGUCGACAAGGAAAAGGCACGUCUCGAGCACCCCAAACCCAGUCUGAAGACGCUCAUCGAGACCACCACUGCACGGCCAGCCGCGCUGGAACAAGCCGCGAAGCUCGCGGGCGUUGCUCCCCCUGCUGUCAAGCGCUUCGUCGAGCCUGUCCCCCGCCUACCGGUCUUGAAACUCGAUCUCGGUACUGUGAACGCGAUCACGCUGAGUGUUAAUAUCACGCGACAGAACCCUGCGCGCAUGACCCAGGGCGGUAUACGUAUCUUCGCCCCGCGCUACCCCAAGCCCCAAACCGAAGGCUUCUUCGCCAUCGUCUCGUACUCCAGCACCGACGAGAUCAUUGCACUCAAACGCGUCGGCUGGAGCGACCCCAAUCGUAGUCAAGGUGGCUUUGGGCGCGGUGGUCGUGGUGGACGCGGCGGCAGACAAAACGGCGGUGGAAGUUCAAAACUCUCUGCUUCAGCCAAGGUGUCGUUGCCGCCUGGUGCACAGGGUAAGAAGGUUGAUGUCGCUGUGUAUAGCGAUUCGUAUCCGGGUAUGAUGUGGAAAAUUAGCGGGAUUGAGGUCCCUGAGGCGCCGGUUGUGGAUGCUGCUGGGAAGGGGAAGGAGAAGGAGGGCGAGAGCCACAAGGGGAAGGAUAUUGCGCCUUCGGGUGUGGAGUAUAAGUGGUGAGGUGUGGGAGUUGCGCAAUGAUUCUAUCAAGACAAAUGUGGCGUAUCUCUGGUUCUAAACGUCAAUAGUAAUACAUUCGUGAUUGUAAGCCCAGUCAAACCCCCCUCUCCCCCCUUAUUCACUCAUUUCACUUCGUAAAUCCAUGGUCGGCACUCAUCACGCAAGAACACCCACCAUCUCCAACCUACCCAUCCCUAGCUGCAUCGCCCCGUCCGACCUCGAAGCAAACUCUUCCGCUCCAGCCAUCGCAUCCCCACACCCAAAGUCAAGCUGCGCAUUCUCCGCCACAGCACUCUUGUUCCGCCCCUCAAUCUCUUCAACCCGCUCGCGAAGCGCCGUAUAAUCCCUCAAAUACUCCUUCGUAUCCUCAUGACUCUCGCCCUGUGCUUCCACCGCGCCCUCAUACGCCGUCUGAUAGAGACGUAGCGCCUCCUCAAACCGGCCCAGUUUCUCCAG